UGAGUUUACAGGUUUCGCCAUCCUUUUUAAUCCACUUCAGAUUUCCUGUGCUGAGCUCAAGAACAUAAUCCACCUCCAUCCAUCUUCAUAAAGCGUGAGCAGAAUCAAGAGGAUUUCCCCACUGUGUUUGUGGUUUCAUAGCGAGCUAAGAGAGAAUCUGAGAGAGAUGGGUCCUCUGUUUGCUAUUCCCAUCCUUGCUGCAGUGAAUGGCAUCGCCGGCAUUUGGGCCGUGUAUGGAAUAGCUUUGCAUAAUGGAACAGUAAAUCUGACGGACCACUUUCCUUACAUAAGUCACUGUGGGGCAAAACCUCCAGCCAGCUGCUGGUUCUCUCAGGUCUGCAACAACGGCUGCAUUCUAGCUCUGAUAUUCGACACUGUGCGUUUCCUCGCUGUUAAAAACCAUUCAAAAAACAGAGGGUAUAACAUUGCUAGCUUUGUACUGGGAAUCUUCUCAGCUGUGGGGUUGUCCAUCACCGGAAACUUCCAGGUCUCAAACAAUGUUUCUCUUCAUUACAUUGGUGCUGUUCUGGCAUUCUUUGGGGGCCUGGUCUACCUCUGGUUUCAACUGUUUCUUAUCAGCGACAAGAUCGUGAAGUACAUUGGGUAUGUUGUGUGCUCCAUCUGCACCAUCCUGAUCAUCUGCAUGACUGUUUUCCAUUUCUGUGAAUUUCUUACUUAUACUGCAAUCUGUGAGUGGACCCUGGCCACAUCAUUCUUCCUGCUCUAUCCUCUGUUUGUGUUUGAGUUUUCAGAUAUCGACCUCAAAUUUACCAUAAACACCAAAGGCUCCGCCUCUGCAAGCGGCGACCAACCACUUAAAGAUUACUAGAGGUCACUCUGUUGUCACGGAGACAGAUCAAAGCU